AUGGCCUUCCGUGCAUCCCUCCGACCGGUCGCGCGCGCACUACCAGGCGCGGUGCGAAGCUUGCACUCGACACCACGAGCCCUCGUCAAGGCGGGUGACGGCUUGCCCGACUUUGGCGGCCUGUACGAGAACUCGCCUGGCAACCAAAUCAACCUGGCAAAGGAGUUCCAAUCGUCCGACGGAUACAUCAUCGGCGUUCCCGGUGCCUUCACCGGCACCUGCUCCAGCAAGCAUGUGCCGUCCUACAUGAACCACCCCAACCUCGACAAGGCCGGCCAAGUCUUUGUCGUCUCGGUCAACGAUCCCUUCGUGCUUGGAGCGAGCAACUGGACCCUACCGGCCAGACGGGUGCAAGUACAACCGCUGCUCCCAUGUCUGGCAAUUGUUGACGGCGUCCAGAUCCGCUUCCUUGCCGACCCCACUGCCGAGUUCACAAAGGCACUGGACCUUGGUUUCGAUGCGCCCAUCUUCGGCCACACCCGCAGCCAGCGAUACGCUCUGAAGGUCGAGAACGGCAAGAUCACCAAGACUCAUAUCGAGCCCGACGCCACUGGUGCCGACGUUUCCAUGGCCGACAAGGUGCUGGGUUCAUGA